AUGUCACGCAGACGAACUCAAUAUGGUACUUCACAUUCUCAAUGGAUUUUAGAUUCACCCGAACAUAGUUCAUCUUGGUCUUCACCUUCUGCGUCUGUUCUUGCACGAAGUCAUAACCAUCAAGCUCAUAGUGGAUGGAAAGACGCCCACGAAUCUCAGACUGGCAGCGAAGCGAAACCUGGAAAAACACCUGAAACCAGCAUGACCUCGAUUUCAGCCAAUGAUGUUCAGAUUACCCGUCGCAAGACUGGACGGGAAUUGGAUAGCUUACACGGUCCAACUCAAGGCGAUCAUUCGGAAAAUGAAGAAGGCGCUUCAGCUCAUGCAGCUUUUGCAGAAAAUGCGAACCAACUCAAAACCUACGGGGCUCGAAAACAUAAUCAGAGAUAUCGGGCCAACCGAGACAUGACGCAGGAGAAGCAGGAGUCUGAAAAUAUCAUACAAGGCGUAUCCAAUGAUCGACUUCCUUCAGGCCAACCUCCGAAUAAUCAUAGUAGCCGUCAUCGGGACAAGGAAGCUGGUGGUAUUAUCAGUAGGGAUGAACCUGAGGAUGCAACCAUAGCAACACAAUCAUCGUCGGAUAACACCCUUCUGCUGAAGCCAAUAGCCGCCGUUCCUCGAGUCGUCAUCCCAGCAAUUCCAACUCACAAACGCUUGGGGGUCGACAGGUCGUCCAAAGAAAAAGCAAACUCCCGUUCCAAUGCUGAAUCACCAGUUUCCCACCCCCUUUUUCCGCCGCAAGGAGGUCAGAGAAACGUUCGAGGUAGGAUCUCACUUUCAACUAGUUCUGCAAGGCGAAAUCGGUGGCAUAAGUCUUCAACCCAAGCAAGCGUUACAGUUACCUCAGCUGUCAGUCCACUGCGUCGGACGUCCGACCACGAAACUGGUAGUGAGUGGGAACCAGAUGUGGAAAGUGAAGUGGAAAAUCGACCACCGCCGGAUGUCUUCCGUGACCGAAACCUGCCGCGUAAACCCGAUCGAACUCGUCAACAUCGUAGGCCCGUAUUGCGCUUCGAUGCGACCGCUGAUUCGCCUCAGCCCCAUGCGCUAAGCAAGAGAGUAAAUCGCGCAGUAAUUCAAAGUGGUUCGGAAUCAGAAGAUGAACCAGCUCCAGUCUCGCUCAAAACUAAGGCACUCGCCUCUCACCCAAAUUUUACGGCGCCCAAGAAUUCUAUGACUGCAAAUCAUCCUCAGUCCCGUGCCACACGAAAGAGAGUGAAUCGACGUAGUGCCACGGUGAUCCAAAGUGAUUCAGGUUCCGAUGAUAACAGACCCCCCACCAUCGAGUCAACAUCCGGACUUACAGAACUUGACUCACUACCCGAAGUAGCUCCUGUUUCACGCCGGAUUAGGGUACCGUCCGAUCAGCAAGACGAUGGCGAACCCAAGAUAGCUCGCACUAAAACACGAACAAGAAGGAGGCUCCAAGACACGGACAAUUCAGAACAAGAGGACUCUAUUGAAAUCGUGUCGACUAGACCCAGAGAAAUCGACUCGCAAGCUCAAGCACCUCCUGUCCCACGCAGAAGUAGAGUACCUUCAUCCCAGCAAGAUAAAGCAGAACCUAAGAAAGCUAAUACCAAAACACGCUCAAGAAAGAAGUUCCAAGACAUGGACAAAGGACGUAAAGUUAACUUGAAAACUGGCCACUUGUCAACGAAAGAGCUUAGUCCGGAGGCUUCAGAACAAGAUGACUCUAUUGAAAUCGUGUCGAGCCAGAAUCAGGCUGUGGUUGUGAUCCCACAAUUAUCGACACCUAAGGGAUAUCCUCUCAAAUCUCGGCCAGCAGCCAAACCAUUUCGACAGAACCACUCUCCCCUCCCUCAACCUUACGCGCAGCCACCCAUGGCAAUUUCCCCUGUGAUGAAAAUUCACGGAAUCCCUGUAGCUUUGGCUCCACCGCCGGUACGGAGGAUUCGGGGAAGACUAUCACUCGCUACUAGUUCAGCGAGAAGAGCACAGGCACGAACAUUUUCUACUGGGGCCCCUGCCACGUUUGUGCCAACCAGUCCGGAUGUUACUCGAGAUUUCCCUGGAGUGUAUGAUUUGACGAAAACCGAUCCGCCUAGCUUUGAACUUGACCCUUCACCUCAUAGACCAAGACAAAAGACAUUUGCCCACCCUGUCUUGUACGCUUCUCCUCGUCGCCCAGGGAUGUACUUGACGCCUGUGAAGAUGAAAAAUAGAUCAAUGUCUGAUGGUCGCCUGGUUUGCUCGCCAUAUGUACAUCAUCCAAGUCCUGCUAAGCGAGCUGGCGCAUCAAGAAUUGUUCAAGAAUUGUCUAGUUUACUUCAGACUUGUGGGCAAUCUGUCAUCUAUGAAUUCAAUAGCAUUUUCAACAAACCUCCAGCAACUAUCUUCAGAAAUUUGUCCCGUUACAGGCCUCUAACUGAGGGUUCUUGGAUGAAGAUUGCAGAAGCGACAUUCUCUGAGGUUUAUAGCUGGUCACCUGAAGAAUGCUCCGAUUCAGCCGACAAAGGUUCCAAAGCGCAUGAAGCUUUUGUUAUGAAAGUAGUUCCGAUAAAGAGAUCGGCAGGCCAUAGUCAACGAAGACAUGCGACCAAGAUGGCUGAUCAAAACUAUGAUAGUCGGGUUGGAAUCGAGGCUGAUGAGUUUCCAUGCGAAACAGAGUGGGUUGAUGUUGAAAAGGAGAUCGAGUUGGCGCGACUUUUAGGUUCUGAAUCUGAGAAGGGCUUUCUCAAUUUCCGUGGUGCAUUCAUCGUCUCUGGGGCAUACCCGCCUAUCCUGCUCAAGGAGUGGAAGAGCUAUCAAGAACGCUUUCCUGAAAAAGUGUACAAUCCAAGCCCAGAGGGUUCCGCUCAUCUUAUCGACAAGGCUAACAGUAUAUCACUCUACCAGCUGUAUUGCUGUAUGCUAUCUGGCCGAGCUGGUGAGGAUCUUGAGAGCUUUGGUCUUAGAAACUGGCAGGAGGCUACGAGUGUGUUGUCACAGGUGGCUCAUACGUUGGGACGAGCUGAGAGGGAUCAUGAGUUUGAGCAUAGGGAUCUUCAUUGGGGUAACAUCACAGUCCAGCGUCACGAAUCUAACCCUGAAACGAGAGGAAGCGGGCGUGCUAGUAAUGGAGAAACCGCCACUGAUGAACUUGUCGACCUCAUGGCGAAGACAGCGAUCAAAACUGUGACUCAGGAUCCACUGAGUUCUUCCAAAACGAAAAUUUCAGUCACUCUCCUAGACUUUGGACUAUCACGAGCAAGACUCCAGAUUGAUGAAAAUCGGUCUCACGUCAUUUGGACUGAACCGGAUCCUGACAUUUUUGGUGGUACAGCUGAAGCUGUUGAUUAUCAAUUUGAGUGCUACGAUCUCAUGAGUGCAGCACGCAAAGACAAAAGUUGGAGUGAUUAUAACCCAUUUAGCAAUGUGAUCGCUGCCGAACGGAUUCUUUCUGAUGCAGUCAAAGCUGAAAUCGAAAGUCAUCGUCGUCGAGCAGCGCGAUUCUUACCGAAACGAAUCUCAUCUAAUUCUAGUACAACGCAGGUUUCGAUCAGGUCUGCAGAAUCAUUUACAGAUUGGUGGGAUUCAGAACGUGCAGAUAUGUUAGAUUGA